GCAGAACAACAAUUUUGACGUAUGUAAAAUAUUUUCAUUUUAUUCUGAAAUUAGGGCACCUUCCUAGCAAAAAUCCUCGAUGAUGUAUCAUCCAAAAAUAUACGAGUAUUACCUUAACACUUAAGUACUGUCAAACCUUCCUCAAAGUUAUUGAACAGUAAUAAAACAUUCUUUCCAAAAUGUUUUAGUUGAACCCGUUGAAAAUGGAACUGAAGGUAUGGGUGGAAGGCAUCCAGCGUAUUGUUUGUGGCGUUAAUGAAACCACCACUUGUCAGGAUGUGGUUUUUGCCUUGGCACACGCCACAGGCAAGUCUGGCAGAUUCACAUUGAUAGAGAGAUGGAGGAACAAUGAAAGACAACUAUCCCCCAAUGAAAAUCCAAUGAAAAUCAUCAUGAAGUGGGGGGAAUAUUCCAGUGAUGUCCAAUUCAUCUUGCAGCACAGUGAUAGCAAUAAAGUACAACAAAAGCCUAAGAUUUCAAAUAGUAGCACAACAACACAUUGCUCCAAUACUUCAGACUCCCCUGAAAGGCAAAGAUUAGGUUUUGGCAGCUAUGCACCCAGCCCAGAGAACAUUGGCAUAGUAAGGGGUGUUCCUCAGAUGAAACCCAUGUCACUGGAAGUGAGAGAGAAUUACUCAAGUUCCCCACAUUCCUCUCCAAAAAAAAGCAGUUACAGUGGGUCAGAUGUUUCAGAUUCUCCUAGUCAGAGCAGUCAUAGGGUUGCUCCUCCUUACAAGGAUCCUCCUGCUCCACCCCCUUACAGAGAUCCACCCCCUCCCAAUGCAGCUGUGAAUCAUGACAAAUAUAAAAAGGGGUUGUUACAGGAGGCAUCAAAAAAUCAUAGAGAAAAAGAUGAUGGUAGAAAUAAGUUACAGGAAAAUGUAUUAUAUAAUGCUCAGUAUAGGGAACUGAUUUCCUUGAUAAAUUUCCAGAGAGAUAAGUUGUCCAGUCAGCAGGCUGAUAUCACUAAAUAUGAUGCUGAAAUAGUGUUUCUAGAAGGUAAGGAACGUGAAAAACAAAUGCAGCUAGAUUUUAUAUCCCAAGAACUGAUGACCAUAUCAAAUGUCAGCAAAAAUAAUCAAGAACAAAUCCAAGCUUUGAGUUAUAUGGAAGAAGAGAGUGAAAUAGUCAACCAGCAAGAAAAAACCCUGCAGUCAGAAAUAACCCUGCUUCGUUCCAAACUGGCCAAUUGUGAAACUGAGUUACUACAAUGCAAAAAUAAAAUAAGGUUACUUAUGGAUGAAUUACAUAUUGAACAAAGAGCUCAAGGUCGGAGAUCAGAAUCUAGGAAACAACUGGAGAGAAAUCUGCUUGUGGAAGUGGAAAGACUCCAAAAAGACAUAGAGUUGGCUAAACAGAGCACUGAUCUACACCACUUAACAGCUGAAACACUUAAAAGAGAGGUUGUCUCAUUAGAAACGGCAAUUUUCGAAAAGAAAAGGCAAGUAGAACACCUAGUCUCCGAGAUGAAGGAGGCAAAUUUGCAAAGUCUCAGUAUAGCACCUCCUGAAGAUAUAAGACAGAUAUUGGAGGGCCCCACAAAGGCGGGCAGUACUAGAAAAAUGAUCGGUUCCCCUCGUCAACUAGAGAAUGCGGUACCCACGAAUAAGAAUCCACAUGGUGUUUGGGUUUAGAAAAUAAGAAUUUGAUGAUCACUGUAUUUAUUUUCGUUGUCGAGUUCUGAUGAGUUCAAUUCGGGUGUUUCAACUCUACUUCUACAGGUUUUUAUGUAGGAACUUAUUUCAAUAAGACAAGGUGAUCCACGGUGGAUGGCCUAUUAGAAGUAUCUGGAGAACGAAAAGACAGUACAUUCUGAAAAUUGUAAUGCUUCGAUAAUUGAACACACAAAGUCAUCUUCAUAAAUUUUAAUGAUUCCUGUUUUCCUUUGAAAUUCCAGUCUACCAUGAGUUUGUAUGGAGUUUGACCAGAGACUAAGUAGUGUCUAUAGAAAUUUGUUGAAAAAUCAGUUAUUGAUAAUAGCAAAUUUUAUUAUCGGAUUCCCACAAAAACUGUCCCACUUUUUCUGUAGGAGUAUUCACCAAAUUUGCAAUAUGAAACGUGAAAUAAAUCAAGAGCCGACCCGGAUGAAGAUGCUCCUGCUACUUAAAAUAGAACUUUCAAAACGGUAAAGUGAUCAAAUCAACUUUGCAAUACUGCAAUACUCAAUGUAUAUCUCAAGAACAUAUAAAUGUUCAAGUUUCUCAUAUUGUUUAGAUGAAUUUAAUUUUAAUUUUUGUACAUAGAAUCACCCCUGAAAAUUAAUGACUGUAUAUCUCGAGAACACCCUGUAUUUUUCAUUUUCGAAGUUAGAUGAAAGAUUGUACUGCAUUAAUCUUUGAUCAGUCUAGUGAUAAAAUAGUAGGGAAAUAUAUCAAAUAGAAUUUGAACAUAAAAUUUAAGUGCAUCACUUCCGA